GACUUCUCUACCGGAAGUUAUGGACGAACUCUACGCGGGAAACCCAUGUUGUUUUGUCUGUGCAGUCUGCUUGUCGACUGGACUCAGCAGAUAAGUGAAACAGCGGAAAAACAGUAGCAGGAUGAAGGUGAUAACAUGUGAGAUUGCGUGGCACAACAAAGAGCCUGUCUACAGUCUGGACUUCCAGCACAACUCAGAGGGCCGCAUACACAGGCUGGCCACAGCAGGAGUGGACACCACUGUCAGGCUGUGGCGUGUGGAGAUGGGGCCUGAUGGGAAGGCAGUGGUGGACUUCCUGUCAAACCUGGCGCGGCACACCAAGGCCGUCAACGUGGUGCGCUUCUGCCCCAACAGCGAGCUGCUCGCCUCUGGAGGAGAUGAUGGAGCCAUCCUGCUGUGGAAGCUAAACGACAGUAAGGAGCCUGAACAGGCCCAAUCGUUCCAGGAGGAGGAGGACAGUCAGCUCAACAAGGAGAGCUGGAGCGUGGUCAAGACCCUGAGGGGACACAUAGAGGAUGUGUAUGAUAUCAGCUGGACCCAGGAUGGGAACUUCAUGGUCUCUGGUUCUGUGGACAACACUGCCAUUAUGUGGGAUGUCACAAAGGGUCAGAAGCUGUGCAUCUUUAACGACCAUAAGAGCUAUGUGCAGGGAGUGACCUGGGACCCGCUGGGCCAGUAUGUGGCCACACUCAGCUGUGACCGGUUGAUGCGUGUGUACAGUACUCAGAGCAGGAGGAAGGCCUACAGUGUCAGUAAGAUGAGCUCUGGAUCAGCUGUCGAGGGAGAGGUGAAACCGUACCGAAUGUUCCAUGACGACAGCAUGAAGUCUUUCUUCAGGCGACUCACCUUCACACCGGACGGAUCCUUUCUGCUUGCCCCAGCGGGGUGUGUGGAGGCAGGGGAGAACGUCACCAACACUACAUACGUCUUCUCCAGGAAGAGCCUCAAGAGGCCCAUAGCUCACCUGCCCUGUCCUGCUAAAGCCACCCUGGCUGUACGCUGUUGCCCUGUCUACUUCGAGCUGAGGACCAAGAAGGGAGAUGAUGGCAGUGCCCAGCCCCUGACCAACAUGUUUGGCUUGCCAUACAGACUGGUGUUUGCUGUGGCAUCAGAGGACUCCAUCUUCAUCUAUGACACUCAGCAAACCCUACCCUUCGGCUACGUGUCCAACAUCCACUACCACACACUCAGCGACCUCACCUGGUCUCGGGACGGUUCUUUCCUGGCGGUUUCUUCUACAGACGGCUACUGCUCCUUCCUUUCCUUCUCUCCUGGUGAGCUGGGCACCCCCCUGAAGGAGCCCCCAGUCCUGGAGGUCGUCACCCCUGGCAAUGGCCCAGAAAAGAAGGGCAAGAAGGCUGCCAUGGCUCGCACGGUGUCCCCCGUCCCUAAAACCACACAGCGCAACGCCACUGUUCACGCCAUUCCUAAAGAGACCCCCAGCACCUCCCAUGCCACCCCCCUGGUCCCUGGGGGUGAGGAGAAUAACAACCCUGGCAAGGCCAAGCCACAGCCCCGUAGGAUCACCCUCAACACCCUGGAGGGAUGGGGCAAGCCCAGCACCCCCAGAGCUAAUUCCCCCAAGAUCCCUACCACAGCCAGCAUCAGCGCCCCCUCCACCCCCCAGCAGCCUCACCUCAUCGCCUCUACCCCCAACACCCGCCUCCCCUCUACAGCCCAGCCUUGCCUCACCCCAAAGACCCAAAGAAACACUCUUAGCCCCAGCACCCCUAAAGCUAGCACCACCCCUAAAGAACCUGUCCCUAGACGGAUAUCUCUGACUCCCGUCGUCUCAAGAUCUCCAGCUGCCUCCUCCACGGAGAAAGCCAAACGUGAACAACCCUCUCCCCCCACCGAACCUGUGUGCCAGCCCCCAGAAUCCAAGCGGCCCAAGACCAGCACCCAGGCAGGCAAGACAGGGGUGGCUCCAGCCUCAAGGGCCACACCCAACCCCUAAGGACCCCUCAUUGCCAAGAACCCUCUGCAGGACAGAGUGGUUCAACAUGCAACUCGCACAUUAUCAUCCUACACACACACACACACUCACAAGUGUCUAGCCUAUAGAACUCCUUAGAGACUGGUGUUGUGACCUAAUUUACACACACACACACUCACAAAAGUUCACAGAGCAAAGACUGGUGUUUCCUCCUAAUGCAAUUUUCUGUAUAUUUUUGUAAUUUCACAUCCUGAAUUGUUCUGUAGCUCAUUUUAUUGGAUAACCAGGUAGUUAUUUAAGUGAUAAUGCCCGAGAAGCAGUGUUAGCCGUGCCAAUAUAUCCUCCAAACACAGUCUUCGAUGGCAUUAUCAAUUUUACACAGCAGGUUACCAACAUAUUAAAAUAAGGUUAUUUUCAUGAAUUUAUUCAUGCUAUUUCAUCCUUCCUCAAGAUAUAGUCCCGACACAAAUCUAGGGUUGCUACCCAAGCCGGCUGGCCGUUCGUUCAGUCUUUUUGUUCUGUAUCUAUGCCAUACUGGCUGGCAACGUCCUUAUCCCUUGCUUGCUAACUACCAACUACGGCUACCUUACAGUCACGUCAAACAGUGCAGACAGAAUAACAACAGUAGCUGCAUUUGUUUAAGCUGCUUUCUAGUGACAUUUAUUUGGAAACAUCCAUAACAAUGAGCUUAUGAGACAAUGUGCUCUCAUCAGGGCACUGUUGUUCAGAGGAGCUAGCUAAAAACACAGCUACAAUAACUUCAAAAGGAAGCUGAAAAGACUACAAACUAGCUUUGUUUCAUUUGACCUUUUUUCAAUUGACAUUUCUUUGUUUGUAUUCAUAAAAAUGAUGCCAGUUGAUUCAUGAUUUCGACUGGCUGAGAAACGCUUGCCUGUCUUUCUCGUCCCGAUCUCUAAAAGUUCAUUACUAUGGGACAGCUGGAGAUUGAAUUUGAAUAUUGAAGCAAAUGUCAGAGAGACAGACAGCAAGGUUCAUACAAAUCUCCAUUGUUGAAGACUAAAUGUUAGUCUAAAAGAAAUGUGAGAAUGUCUAGAUGCUUUUUAAAGUUUAGAACUUCCCUGCCUGGGCUGAUGAGACAGUGGAUUGCGCAUUCAGAUGGAACAGAGUAAAUGGGCAUUUUAACAUCAUAGAUGUAGCCAGUGGUAACUUGUGGAAUAGACACGGGCUGGAAUGCACUUUUAACCAAUCAGCUUUCAGGAUUAGACCCACCCGUUGUAUAAUUUAAAUUAAAAACUGUGGUUCCAGCCCAUGAAUGCUGAUUGGAUGACAGCCAUGGUAUAUCAGACCGUAUAUCACGGGUAUGACGAAACAUUUAUUUUUACUGCUCUAAUUAUGCUGGUAACCAGUUUAUAAUAGCAAUAAGGCAGCUCUGGGGUUUGUGGUAUAUGGCCAAUAUACCACGGCGAUGCGUAGUACCUAAGAACAGCCCUCAGCUGUAGUAUAUUGGCCAAAUGCCACACCCUCUCAUGCCUUAAUUCUUAAAUAAAAAUGUACCUGGCUAAAAAUAAAGGAUAAGAAACCGAAAGUUACAUAUAAGAUAAAAACCACCUCAGUCCAAAUUAUGCUUAGCUCAUGUAUGAAAUUGUACAAUGGUCAUUGACUUUAGUCUGAAUGGUUGUCUGUAGUGGUGUUAUAUUGGGGUUGUUUCUCCCUUUUUAUAUGAAUGUUUGUGUAUUGUACUUUUGGGAUUUUGGUAACACUUCAAUGCAGUAAUGCUUGUCUAAAAAAAUACAUGUAUUUGUUAUGUCUCUAAACAUUCCCAUGAAUGUUCCCAGGACCCAAGUGGUAAAUCUAAAAACACUGAAAAAUCUGGGAAACCAAGCGUGUGCAAAGCUGUCAAGGCAAAGGGUGGCUACUUUGAACACUUUUUUUGGUUACUAAAUUAUUCCAUAUGUGUUAUUUCAUAGUUUUGAUGUCUUUUAUGAUUCUACAAUGUAGAAAAUAGUAAAAAUGAAGAAAAACCCUUAAA